GCGGCCUCGUGUCCCCCGCGGGCUCGGCGCGGGCACAGGUGGCCAUGCAGGCCCCGUGGCUGCUGAUGCUCGCCGUGCUGGUAGCGGCCAGCGGGGUGCCCGCCGGAGCCGCGGUCGUCGGGAGCGCCAGCACCCGUUUUCUUGAAUUUUCUGUGGGGAAAUUUAGAUACUUUGAGCUCAGCAGGCUUUUUCCCAAGGAGGCCAUUUUGCGUCAUAUUUCAACCAACGUGACUUUUCUUCUCUUUCAAGUACACUCACAGUAUCAGAAUACAACACUUUCCUUUUCUAAGGUGGUUACUCUAACAGCUAAUGAUAAGACAGAGGUUUCCUUCUCUUCCCUCCCGGGCCAAGGAGUCAUUUAUAAUGUCAUUGUCUGGGAUCCCUCCUUAAAUACUUCUGCUGCUUAUGUUCCUGUUCACACAUACGCUUGCAGCUUCAACGCAGUAGAGAGUAGCUGUGCUUCCCUGGAUCCUAUUCCUGGAGGCUGUAAUUUGGAGUUUGACUUAGAUAUUGACCCCAACAUUUACUUGGAGUAUAAUUUCUUUGAAAUGACCAUCAAAUUUGCUCCAGCCAAUGUUGGCUUCGCAAGAGGUGUAGCUCCUCCACCCUGUGACACUGAUGAGGGCGAGGACUUACGGUGGAGGUUGCAGUAUGAUGUGUACCAGUAUUUUCUGCCUGAGAAUGACCUCACUGAGGAUGCAUUGCUCCAGCAUCUGCAGAGGAUGGCUCAGGUCCCAGAGGUGAGGGCCAAUGCUGUCAAGCUCCUGUUGAAUCUGGAAAGAAGAGUUUCGACCAGAGUGUUCUUCAGUCUCUCUGCUCUGCUUGGUCUCUUCAUUUGUUUUUUUGGACACAGAUUCUGGAAAACAGAAUUGUUCUUCAUAGGUUUUAUCUUCCUGGGAUUCUUCUUUUAUAUCCUGAUUGCAAGACUGACAUCUAUGAAAUAUGAUGUUCUCCUGGUAUUAACAGCCUUAGCCGGAAGCAUUGGAGGAGUUUUCUUGGUGGCUGCCUGGUGGAGAUUUGGAAUCCUUAUGUUCUGUAUGCUUUGUGUUGGGCUGGUGCUGGGGUUCCUCACCUCAUGCAUUAUGUUCUUCACUCCACUGGGAAACCUAAAAGUUUUUCGUGAUGAUGGUGUGUUUUGGGUGACUUUCUCCUGUAUAGCCAUCCUCAUUCCAGUAGUUUUCAUGGGCUGCCUAAGAAUACUAAACAUCCUGACUUGUGGAAUCAUUGGCUCCUACUCUGUGGUUCUGGCCAUUGGCAGCUACGUGUUCACAAGUCUUUCUUCCAUCACCUUGAAUGUCCUCAGGAGAGCACUCAAUGCGGAUUUCAAUAAGGCUUUCACAAAUGUGCCUUUUCAAACCAAUGAUUUUGUUGUCCUGGCAAUAUGGGGUAUGCUGGCUGUCAGUGGAAUUACAUUACAGAUUCGAAGAGAAAGAGGGCAGCCAUUUUUCCCUCCCCACCCUUACAAGCUGUGGAAGCAAGAGAGAGAACGCAGAGUAACAAACAUCCUGGACCCCAGCCACCACAUCCCUCCACUGAGAAACAGAUUCUGGGGCCAAUUAACCCAAAUCAAAGAGUUCUUUCAGAAGCAACAGCCAGCUGGAGAGAGGACACCUCUGCUUCUGUAGACAGCACUGCACCUGCUCAGCCUGCCACACCGGGAGCUCUGAUGCUCCAGUUUUUUCUCCCCUGAAGUCCAAUGCAGGAAUAAGGCUGCAUAUAAUACCGUAGUGACCUUGCUGACACAGUGAGGGUACACUGGGAUAUCAUGAGAGUCUAAAUGAGAGAAUGAGAAAGAUGAAAAAAAAUUACCUUCUGUCUUAUAAAUAUACGAUCAACACAUUCCAUUAAAUGGCUAAUACUAAAAAAAAAACAAAAAACUGGUUCUUCUGAAAAGCCCAGAAUACACACAAACACACACAUAUUUGUUGUUUUGGUUCUGGUUCUGUGGGCCUCACACUCUGCCUU